AGCGCGAGGUGCCUACGCGUUUAAAAAAGAAAAAAGAAAAGAAAAAGGAAAAAAAAACAGAAAUCCAUGAUUGAUUUAUUUUGCCGCUUGGCUUUCAGCUCUAAACUGAGUAAAUAAAUAUUAUUGAAAUAUUAUGAAGUGGUGAGGAGCUGGGUGUGGAGGAAAAGAGAACGUAGCCAAAAAAAAAAAAAAAAGCAGCCUGCUGUCUCGUCUCGUCUCGUCUCGUGUCGGGAGGAAGCGCGCGCUGUCGUCGCCGGUGACGUACGCAGUCGGGUUGUGGGGAGUGACGUCACCGGUCUAUCACCCUGAAGCUCGGAGCUCAGUAAUUAUCUGAGAGAGAGACAGACAGAGACUCUGACCGCGCAGCAAACAGCUGCUGCUCCCGGUGAUAUUUUCGCAGUAAAUCCGUUUAAUCAGAGAUCAUUUUCCCUCCCGGAUGAAGAACGGAGACUGAACUCACACCGGAUCCAGGCUUUAAAGCUUCGUUUAAUCAGAAGUUUUCCAAGAAGGCUUGAAGUUGAGCACAAGUCGUCACAAUGGUUCUGUAAGACCUCUCCAGUAAAAAAAACACCCCUGAGUAACUGUUGGUCCACCUGGAGUUACUGAAGAUCCGUUGUUAUUGCAGUUCCAGUCCUGGCAACAUGGCCAUGGUGCAGAACAACCGUCCUCACUCUGAGAAGGAUCAGGCUCUGCUCAGAGUACCGGUGAAGAGGCUGAUGCGAGAGAGGCAGAUAGAAGCAGCACCUAUAAAGAAGCGUGUGAUGGCAGCACUUAAUUUGUCAUGCAAAAAAGCCUCAGAGUCAUCAGCGUCCUCAUCAUUGUCAAGGACUCCUGUUAUAAAAGCCGAACAUGUAGAGAAGGACUGUCAGUUUCUAAACUAUCAACAUGUCUCAAAGGGACAGGAUGGACGAGACAGCGCUCUGGACCUGAGCCCAGCUUUGAGGCACACUCUGGCCCAGUUUACUCUGAGCAGCCAGUGUUCUUUAGGAGGCCCUGCUGCCUUUUCUGGUCAGUACAGCCAGGAGAAGCUGGCUCCGUCUCUCAGCCAGGCCAGCGUGGCAGUCGGGCCCUUACUGGUGCCUCCUGACAGCUCCACAGAGCUUGUGUUGUGCACGCUGGAGGGUGAAUCCAUUUCCUGCUUCUCAGUGGGUGGUGAGCUGCGCCUGUGUUUGCCUCAGGUGCUCAACACGGUUCUGCGAGACUUCUCCCUGCAGCAGAUCAACUCAGUGUGUGAUCAGCUCUACGUCUACUGCUCGCGCUGCAACGCUUCCCAGCUGCACGUCCUCAAAGUGCUGGGUGUCCUCCCGGCCGGCGCACCGUCCUGUGGCCUCAUCACGCUCACAGACGCCCAGCGGCUCUGCAACACCCUGCUCCACCCAGGUGACAACCUUCCCGCCAGCCUGCAUAAAGACCACCGGCUUGCUGAAGAAGAGGAGCGGGAAGCGGAGGAAGCCGGAGGAUUCUGGGUGGAGCAUCAGUGCCUGGGGAAGUGCCAAGGCCUGUUCGUUCCUCGUCUCUACACCACUCCAGGAGCUCUGUGUAUCCGAUGCUUGCAGUGCCGACAGCUUUUCUGUCCAGAGCGCUUCGUCAUGCACUCACACCGGCAGCCGGACAAGCGGACCUGCCACUGGGGCUUUGACUCUGCCAAAUGGGCGUGCUACCUCCAGCUGGGACGACGGUACCACGGCAUCGCCGAUGAGGGGAAACUGGAGCAGCUCCUGCAGGCCAUGAAACUGAAGUUCAGUGGGAUUCGUCUGGACACAAAGCCGUCACAUCUGGAGGCUGCCCGAGUGGAGGAGGGGUUAAAUCUGUGUUCUGGGAAAGAGAAAGUGUGUGAGAGUGGUUCAGAGGGAAAGGCGGUGGCAGCGUUCCCGGCGUACACGUUUGACCCGUGUGUCCUCACCAACCUGAAGGAGGAUCCCAGACACCUGGACCUCAUGUGGCAAAGUUGGUAUCUUUACAUGCACGAUAAGCUGAAUGUCUCCGGCACGGCCCUGGACUCUGCACGAGCUGCUGAUAAAGACAACGACGCGCCGAGAGCCGAGACGCUGAAACCUGUGAAAAAAGCAUCAGAGGAAGUGGAGGAAAGCGAACGCAAAGCGUCUGCAGGGGGCAAGAAAACAAGUCGCCCGGCCAGCCAAUCACAGCGCAGCGAUCCAGACGAGCGACCCAGGGUUUCCAUAGAAACACCGGCAUGUGAGAAGUCUUUGGAGGAGAACAAGGACAGCAUGGUGGUGGAGGUGCUUCAGAUGUACAACGCUCAGCAGGAGAAGCUGCAGUCCACCCUGCGCAAGCAGCAGCAGCUGGAAAAGGAGCUGCAGGCUCUGCGCAAAGCCGACGCAGACGAGUUGGGGGAGGUGCAGACGGAGCUGCAGGUGGAGCAGGAGGAACAGAAGAGGCUUCAGUGCAGUAUGGAGCAGCAGAGCUGUAGGUGCCGAGAGCAGCAGGAGAACCGUUACACUGCACAGUUACUGGAGCUGCGUCAGAGGCUGGACCGUGCCGAGGAGGACCGUGAGGAGCUGCAGGAGGAGCUGAGGCGUGAACGGGAGGCGCGGGAGAAGCUGGAGAGGAUCAUCUGCGAGCUCAGACAGCAGAUGAAAGAGUCGGUUCCUCCGUCAGCGCUCGACAGCCCGCUCUCCAACUCCUCCAGCGACAUCAUGAUGUCUCCUGCACCGUAACUCCGCUUUUACAUCCUAACCGGUUCAUUUAACUCUUACUUUUUUUCACGGACAGCUCCUCAAGAACGUUACGUUUUCAUCAGCACACUUCAUUAUUCCAUGUGGACAAACUAAAACAAAAUAAAUAUAUAUCCUGGAGUUUUUUGUUGUGAUAAAGAGCAUUAACUGCUUUUUUUUAAUGUCACUUUUUGAGUAAAUUUUGCAUGUAUACGAACCGUGUGUGCGUGCGCGUGUGUAAAAAUCUACAAUUAAAUUCUCAGCGUUGAUUAUCCCGUGCGCUGACUACUGUUAGAAAAAAAUCUAACUAGAUUUCAGAAUUUUUUUUAAAGUUGUAAUAUGUGCUAUUGUUUAUUAAAAUAAAGUAUUUAUUACAUUGUUUUAUUGCUAGAUGUUAUUGUGAGCAAACAGUUAUUAAAAAUAAAUAAAUUACACGCUUAUAGAUAUAGGUACGCUAAUUUUUAAUUUCUUCAUGUAAACAGAUGGAGCAGAAUUUUUGUGCCAUUUUUACCGUUAAAAAUUUCAGAAUUCCUUGGCAUUUAAAUCCAGUCUGACAUUCCACAUCCCCGAGCGUUAUCUUCUUCUCUUCAUAUCAUAUUUAGAAUUUUACUCACUGCACCUUUAAGCCAUGUGUAUGCACAGUCUGAAUGUAUGAUAUCGUAUGUAUGCAUGUGUGCUGAAAUAUAUAUGGAUUAUAUUAACUGAGUUUACACCAUGGUCUAUGUUUUUAAAAAAGAAUCCUGUAUAUAAAUGUUUUGUAAAAGGUUUCUUUCUUGACUCUCUCUCUCUCUCUCUCUCUCUGUGUGUAUAAUCUGUUUUCUUUUGAAAUUUUUAACAAAUUUCUCAAGUUAAAAAAAUUAAGGAUAUUACAAAAAUGGUUCUUUAUUAUUGUCACAUGAUAGGAAGUAAUAUUAAUGCCUGUGUGUUAUCAGUUUAGAUGAACAGGGUUUAUUACAGAUAAAUAACUACAGAAGCGUGCUGUGAGAGUGACAGGACGAGUGGAAGUUCUUCUGCUCUGGGAUCCACUCCACAGCUCUCCAUGACAAUCAGAAGGAAUGUUGAAAUCCUUGGACAGAAACACUUAAAGACUGAGCUGAUAUGACGUUGUUCCUACCUCAGAUGAAUGGUGUAUAAGCUGCGUGUCUGUUUUCAUACAGUGUGGACUGAUGGAGCUCUGAAAUUACCUCUGUGCUGUUUCUAUGCUGCUUUAUGAGCGAAGUGUUAUCGGCUUUCUCACGUCGGCUCAUCGACUGAUGCAUGUGGAAUAUUAAAGUCAAAGAAAAACGGAUUUCUUUCCCUUAUAAA